AGUAGCCAGUGAGCUGUACCUGUAGCGCUACUCUCCUCACCAUGAGCAGCCCAGAUGGUGGCUACGCCAGCGAUGAUCAAUUUCAUGGAAACUGCUCAGUGCCAAUCAUGAUGGGCCAGUACGAAUGGACCGACCCCCUGACCAUGUUUCAGGAUGCCAAAACGAAGAAAGAGGCUGGAUCUGCCAAUUCCAGGGGCAAAGCUGAAGCUCGGAUCCGCCGACCCAUGAAUGCGUUUAUGGUGUGGGCAAAGGACGAGCGCAAGAGGUUGGCACAGCAGAACCCGGACCUGCACAACGCGGAGCUCAGCAAGAUGCUCGGCAAAUCAUGGAAAUCUCUGACUUUGGCAUCCAAACGGCCCUUCGUGGAGGAAGCUGAGAGGCUGAGGGUGCAGCACAUUCAGGACUAUCCUGAUUACAAGUACAGACCACGCAGGAAAAAGCAAGUGAAGAGGAUGAAGAGGGAAGAGGAAGGCUUCCUCCCCAGUGCAGACAUCCCAGGACCACAAGUGAUGGGCUGCAAUGCCAUGGUAGGGCAGAACUACAAGAUGCAGUAUUCUGGGCAGAACAGCCAGCAGAGCCAAAUCACACCAGCAGGCUAUUUUGAGGACCACAACCCAGUGGGAUACUAUUACAGAGGUUACAAUGUUCCCGAAUACUAUAUGUCCCAGAACAGCUCUGUCACCUGCGGCCCUCCAGCUCAGGGAGAGUACCAGGCACUGUCAUAUAAUUUCAACAGCAGCUAUAUUCCCUACCAGCAGAAUGCUUCUGCCCCAGCAAUGGGUAAACAGAUGGCAGUUAAGGAGAACAUUAUCCAGGAGAGCCCUGAACAUGGCAUAAUGGGAUGCCAGGUAUCUCCACAAAUGUACAAUGGACAGAUGUAUGUGCCUGAGUGUGCCAAAACCCACCCAGUGGCACAAACUGAGCAGCAUUCCUCUUUGCAUCAGUCCCAGCAGAUGGUGACGCAGAAUUACCUACCAUCCCAGCAAGAUGGGCAUCUGGAAAGUGACAUUGACAAGACUGAGUUUGACCAGUACCUUAUGUAUGAGCCCAAGUCUGAUACAGAGCUCAUCUAUACCAUUGACCAGGACAGUGGUGCCUAUAGUACCAACCUCCUGCCAUCUUUAAUCUCAGAGGCAAACAGUGUCUGCUACUACGACUAUUGCGGAGUAUGAAGUACUUGCAUUGUGCAGCCUGUAACCAAAUGGACAAUAAUGUAGUUGGGCUUUCUGUGCUAUAUUUAUAGGACUCAAGCUAGUAUAUUCACUCUUGUAGAUGUGAUAUGUAUCAUAUUGUAUAUUUCGUAUAUUAUUUUGUAGAGAUGGCAAAAUUUAUUUACAUUUAAUAAAUGUACUAUCAUUUGUAUAA